AUGGCAUUAACGAUAGCCCUACCUCUGUCCGGUCUGGAGCCUGAGCAUUUCACAUCCUUGGGAACGAGACUUUUGUACGAGCAGGGUUUAAGAUCUUUGACUGGUUGCAGACCGAUUUCGCCGAGUACCGCGAGCGAAUCGAGUGGAGUCAGCAGCCUUGUACCUUCUAUCGAAUCGACGACACCGGAACAAACGCCAGUCUCCUCUAGACCGAACACACCCGCCGAAGACCCACCGCUUCGUAUAUACUACAGAGAAAGGGACAUAUUAAAUUUGGGGGCGAAUAUUAGAGAACCGUUCUGGCAAAUGAGGAUCCCAAUGAUGCCCCGUUACGAUUUCAAAAGUUUCAUGGAGAACAGGUCGGUUUACUAUCGUUUAGGUGAACACGGCUUGACGGAGGAAUAUCCAACGAGAGUUUGCAAAGACUGCGGUUUCUGCGAACCGUCGCCGUACCUCUUCUAA